AUGCUGGCCGCGCCUUCGCGCCCUCUGACCUCGCGGUUGCCCCUGCGCAUCGCCGCCGUCGUCUUCGUCCUUUUUGUUCUCCACCAGAUAUACAGCUUCCACGAAAGGUGGUCUCUCUCCAACGGCAACGUCCUCCCUCGCCUACGUCCGGAUGCGACCGAGAUCCCCUGCUCAGCCCUUCGUGGGCUAGACGACAUCCUCGUCGUCCUGAAGACGGGCGCAAACGAGGCACCGGUUAAGAUACCCCGCCACUUCAACACCACACUGCGCUGCGUCAAGCACCACGUCAUCUUCUCAGACCUCGCAGAGGAGAUUGAAGGCCACCAGAUCCUCAACGUCCUGGACGAGGUCGACCCCAGCAUCGUCGCCCAGCACCCAGACUUUGAGUACUACCAGCGUCUUCAGCAGCACGGCCGUGACGGCUUCACCGCCGAGGAGCAGGCUCAAUGGGCUGCUGCCCAAAACACCCAGGGCGGCCGCGACAGCCCCGGCUGGCGCCUCGACAAGUGGAAGUUCUUGCCGAUGGCCGACAAGGCGCUCCGCCAUCGGCCCGACGCCAAAUGGUACUUCUUUAUCGAGGCCGACACGUUUGUGGUCUGGGAGACGGUCCUGGCAUGGCUUGCUCAGAUCGACCCCAACAAACCCUGGUACCUGGGACAGCAGAUGAUGAUUGGUGAUGUCGUUUUCGCGUACGGCGGCUCGGGCUUUGUCAUUUCCAACUCUGCCCUGCGCAAGGUGGUUGAACAUCGCAACGCAGACCUGAAGCAGUAUGACGAGUUCACGGGAAAUCACUGGGCUGGCGAUUGUAUCUUGGGAAAGACGCUCAAUGACGCGGGCGUGCCAUUGACCUGGGCAUUUCCCACGCUUCAGAGUGAGGCACCGCCAGCGCUAGACUUUGCCUCGGGCUUUGGCGGGCCCUCGCGGAAGCCGUGGUGCUACUUUGCCGGCACAUAUCACCAUGUGACCUCCGAGGAGACGGUCGAACUUGGGAACUUUGAGCAAAAAUGGAGACAGAAGAACACUCGACCUUUCCGCCAUGGCGAUAUUUUCAAGUAUGCCAUCCGGCCCAAUCUCGAAUCUGAACGGCAUGCCUGGGAUAACGCAUCGGACAAUGGCGGCAAUGAGGCCAAGACGGCAGCGGACUGCCGCGUAGUCUGCGAUGGCACGCCAGAAUGCCUGCAGUGGUCCUUCGUAGAGGGCAAGUGCAAGACGGCCACCUUCAUCAAGCUCGGUUACGCGAGCCAAAAGCCCGUUGAGGGGCAAUCGCCUGCCGUCUCUGGCUGGAUGCUUGACCGUGUGGACACCUUUGUCCUCGCCAUGGACUUGAGCUGUGCCACGCAGCCGACAUGGGCUUUGCCAUGA